AUGCUGGCCUGGAACACGAAUUGCGACCUGCAAGAGACGAUACCUGACAUGACGGAGGUGCAGGACCCCUCCUCCGGGGAUGUCACGCAUGAUGCGUUUCUUGGAGGACGAGUUUAUGUUUAUCAGCCGAAAAAAGGCCGGCAUCGCGCCGGAUUGGACGCUGUCUUUCUGGCCGCUGCCUUGCCCGUGGAAACCACGGGCCGAAUUGUCGAUCUUGGUUCUGGUGUCGGAACUGCCGGAUUUUGUGCUGCUGCGCGCCUGCCGGACAUAAGUGUCACUCUUGUCGAGAUCGACGAGGCCGUUUUAUCUCUCGCUCAAAAAGCGCUUCAGGACCCUGAAAACACCCAUUUCGCGGAUCGCAUCGAUUUGCUGCAUGCUGAUAUCACUGCAAAGGGAAGUCUUCGCCACGCCAACGGCCUUUUGCCAACGAUGGCUGAUCACGCCAUCAUGAAUCCCCCCUAUUACGAAGCCGACAGGUUCCGGGCGUCACCGAAAUCGGGCCGAGCAGGCGCACACAUGCUGGACGAGCGCGGGCUUGAGCCCUGGGUGAAGACCGCGGCGGACAUCGUCCGGGAAGGCGGAAGCCUUACGGUCAUUUUUCGAGCGGACGGUCUUCAUGAACUUCUGAGUGUUCUUCAAGGCCGGUUCGGCGCAAUCGAUGUCAUUCCGCUGCGUCCGCGUCCGGACGCUCCGGCGACACGCAUCGUGCUCCGUGCGAUCCGCGCCAGCAAGGCUCCCCUGAAACUCCUGCCCGGGUUUGUACUGCAUGAGAGUGAAGGUUCGGAUUUCACUUCUCAAUCGAAAAACAUCAUGCGCGGCGGCCAGGGCCUCGGCCUGACACCGCGCUAA